AAGUACGUGGAGGCGGAGAAGAUGCAUCGAGAGACGCUGGCACUCCGCAAGAAGGUGUUAGGAAAGGAUUACCCAGACACGCUAACGAGCGUCUACUGCCUUGCAUACACACUGCACCAGUGGGAGCAAUACGAAGAGGCUUUGUCACUCUAUCACAAGGCUAGGAUUGGUUAUAAAGAGAAACUUGGCGCGGCCUAUCCUACUACC